AAACCGCUAGGUUCCAUUCUACUCAUCUUGUACUGUGGUUUAUGGUACGGGAGCUGCGGCUCCAGCACAAGGCCUCGUCGAUAUGGCUAGUGAGAGACUGGCACAACUCCACGCCGCCGCCGACCCCGACGCCGGCGUGCUCCGUUCCUACGAACUCCGCCUCCUUCGCUGCACCAUACCUACUCCAUCGACGACCUCAGGCUAUUCCGACACCGCACCGGAGCCCCUGCACACCUUCAUCGAAGAAAUUGUCACUUCAAUCGAGAAGGGAGACUAUGUCCGGGCCCUAUCCUCCGACGCCACUCGAAGUAUCUUCGACCUUCCAGAUUUUUCCUUGUCGCCGUCAAUGGACGGAGCCGACCGGUUUUACUCCGAGCUGAUGCUCGAGUGCGUCGGAUCGUUCUUAUUGGAUGACAAGAGUUACAAGGCUUUUUUGUUGAUGGCCGUCGCUGUGGCAGCUUUUCUCGCCUUCUUUCAGUGUAACAUAAGCGGGCCAUUUGAGAGUUUGCCUCCACUGCCUUCCUUGAUACUCGGUGACGUUGCUGGUGAUAUAGGGGGUGCAGAAUGGGAAGCAUGGGCGAGAAAUCAGCUACUGUCAGCUGGUUCUGACUUGCUUGGGAAGUUCUCAAAUCUUCAGUAUAUUGUUUUUGCAAAGAUCUUGCUUGUGAGAAUGAAAGAUUUAUUGUCAGAAGGGAAAAUCUCUAGCUUGGAUGGAAUUAGAAGCAUUUCAUGGUGGCUCGCUAGGCUGUUGCUUAUUCAACAGAGAGUGUUGUCUGAGCGGUCAUCAUCUUUGUUUGAUUUAUUGCAAGUCUAUACAAAUGAAACUUUACAUGAUUUUGGUACUUCAGAAAAGGUAUCAGGUUAUUGGGGUGACAAGUUAGUGGAGGAAGAAGUUUUAACUAUUGUGUCAAUGCUUUACCUUGAAGCAGGAAUGAUGGAACAUACCUACGGGCGAGUUGAUUCUUCCAGGCUGCAUUUUGAGUCAGCUGAAGUGGUAUCAGGUCUUCAACUUUCUGUAACUGGUGCUCUUGGCUUCCGCACUGUGCAUCAGGUCAAACCAAAGGCACAACUUUUACUUGUUACAAACACAGAUUCAUCAAAUGAUUAUGUUGACUCAAUAAGCCCAGAGGUCCACAUAAAUCCUUCUAACAUUGAUGGAUAUAAUUUGCUUCGACAUCAUCGUGAAACCUGUGAAGCUUCUGAUAUAUUGAUGACGCCAAAAUUCAUAGAGGAUGAUAAAAGCUCUGAAACUGGUGCUCAAGUCACGGGAAAUGGUGGUACUGCAGCCAGUCAUUUGAAGGGAAUUCAACAGGCAGUUAUUCUGGCACAAUGCCUUUUGAUAGAGAAAAGCACUCCAUAUGAUGAAAUGCAAAGGUGGGAAAUGGCACCAUACAUAGAAGCAGUUGAUUCUCAGCCUUCAUCUUACUUCAUUAUUCAUUGUUUUUGUGACAUCUUACGCAUUCGAUGGGAGUCAACUCGUAGUCGCACGAAGGAGCGUGCUUUGCUGAUGAUGGAUAAACUGGUGCAGGGUAUCUAUGAAUCUUCUCCUAGUGUAGCACAAAGGAUUUAUUAUAGUUUUGGAGCUUAUAUUCCUACCAUUCCAGCUCUCCGCAAGGAAUAUGGUGAGCUUUUAGUGAGUUGUGGCUUGAUAGGGGAGGCUGUUAAAGUUUUUGAGGAUCUGGAGUUGUGGGAUAGUCUGAUAUACUGCUACCGCUUACUAGACAAAAAAGCUGCAGCUGUGGAACUCAUUAAGAUGCGGCUUUCUGAAAUGCCUAAUGAUCCAAGGCUAUG